CCAAAAUCCAUCACAGCAAUCUCGCUUCCCCAUACCCUAGCACUUCAUUUUCGGCCCGUCGCCUCCAAGUUCCAACGAAAAAAAAAAGAUAGAAAAAACCCCUGCAUUAGCCCCCUAAAUCAACUACCCGAAAAAGUUUAGACCUCUUAUUAAUUUUAUUUUCCUCGCCAGCAAGCGAUUUCUCUAAAUUUAUCCGUUGCUGUUGGGUUGCCAAUUUCCGAUGUUUUUGGGGGAGGGAUGGGAUUCCCACUUUCUUUGAGAUGGAUGAUGGGUGGAACAAAACUACUUGUGUGCGGACAAGCUGUUUUGCUGCCGCAGGCGGAGAAACCGUCUUGGGAAGUUGGAACAUGUGUUUCUCCUCAAGAUAAGCUCAGCUGUCUGUCUGUUUCUCACACAGCUCCCCCCUCCAGUUCCCACCCAUCGAACAUCAAACGCCACCACCAACCACCUCUCUCCACUCUCCCAAUCCCUCGCGCCUCACAAAUCAAUCCGCAACACCACUCCCAUCCUCCUCCCUCGCCAUCCCAAGCAAGGAAACCGGCAAUGGCUUUUCCCUUUCCCUUUCCCCUCCACAAUCCAUCCCACCAGGAAAGUAAAAUCCCAGAAUCAAGAAUUUACACGGAAAAAGCUUGUUCGACUGGUCCAGUCCAUCCAGUCGUGUUUCUAUAGACCAGCUUCCCCUCAUAAGCCCGUCGCGAACAAACUAACAGUUCGACGUCACUCUUUCUUUCUUUCCUUCCUUCGCGAUUCAAGAUUUCGUAAUCAUGAUUUUUGUGUGUCUCCUCGGAAGUUAAGUGAAAACCUUUCGUGUAG